CUGUAUGAGAUUCUAAUUUGUAUAGACUUUUUUUUUUAUUGAAAUCAUCUAAACGAUUGUGAUUCCAACCUAAUUUUCCAUUUUUAUGUAGUUACUUAGAAAUAAUAGAAAUAUUGAACUAAUCGCUCAUCUACCAAAAGGUUAAAUUAUGCACUAAAAUCUCUAGAAGAUGUAAAUUUCCGCUGUAAAACGGUAAAUUUUAGUCACACUCAACCCGUCGUUUCCUCUUGAAAUUUCUCAAUCCAUAUCCCUUUUAUUUUUGUCUCCUUUUUCCGGGUUUCCCACCGAGUGGGCUGGCCAAAACAAAAGUCCGAGAAAAACCAAUUCAAUUCUCUCUCUAGCCCGGCCCCGUGACGAACUAACGACGAACGACGAGUAAUCGUACACCGCAAUCUUCUCUCUCUAGAAUUUCUCUGACCCAAAAGAACUUUCAUUUUACUUUUGAAUCCAAUUUCUACCUAUCUGCUCUCGUUUUAGUCUACUCCGCCUCCAUUUCGAAAACUCAAAUUCUCUUGGCUUCGUUCCCAAGUCUCUCUCGCUCUCUCUUCUUCGCCGCAUCUCGCUUCCGUUCGCGCCAUGGCCGGACGAUUCGACCCCAACCCGUUCGAGGAAGAGGAGGUGAAUCCGUUCUCAAAGCCUGCAAACUCAAGGCUUUCGCCGCUACCUCCUGAGCCCGCAGGUUUUGGCGGCUAUAAUCAUGGUGCAACAGUUGACAUUCCUAUUGAUUCAGCUACGGACUUGAAAAAGAAAGAGAGGGAACUGCAAGCCAAGGAGUCUGAACUUCGCAGGAGGGAACAGGAUAUCAAAAGACGGGAAGAAGCAGCGGCCAGAGCUGGAAUACAACUGGAGGAGAAAAAUUGGCCACCUUUUUUCCCAAUUAUCCACCAUGAUAUAUCAAAUGAGAUACCAAUUCAUCUUCAAAGGAUUCAGUAUGUUGCUUUUUCAACGUUCUUAGGAUUGGCUCUCUGCCUUCUGUGGAAUGUAAUUGCAGUAACAACAGCAUGGAUCAAGCAUGAAGGAGUGAAGAUAUGGUUUCUUGCCGUUAUCUACUUCAUUUCAGGAGUUCCAGGAGGUUAUUUCUUGUGGUACCGCCCACUGUACCGGGCAUUUCGGACUGAUAGUGCUUUGAAGUUCGGGUGGUUUUUCUUCUUCUAUCUGAUCCAUAUCGGCUUCUGCAUUGUUGCUGCGGUUGCUCCCCCAAUCUUUUUCAAAGGAAAAUCCCUCACUGGUGUUCUAGCCGCAAUUGACGUUAUAGGAGAUAGCCUUCUGGUUGGAAUCUUCUACUUUGUCGGGUUCGGCCUCUUCUGUGUUGAAAUCAUUCUCAGCAUCUGGGUUCUCCAGCAAGUAUACAUGUACUUCCGCGGAAGCGGUAAAGCAGCAGAGGUCAGGCAUGAGGCUGCAAGAGGAGCAGUGAGGGCAGCAAUAUGAUACGAAUAUCUCCGGACGCUUUCAGAGAACUAAACAGGUGAAGACUGCCAUGUGAUUCUAGGGUUGUAUAUGCGCAUAGCUUCUACGUACAUGUUUCCUUUAUAGAGAGUGAUUUGCUUCCCCUGCCGUUCUUUAUCCGAGAAUCAGUCUCUUUGCUGAAUAGACAACAAAGUUUUCAUUACCCUUUGCAAUUCUAUUUCUCGUUGGAUUGAUUUUCGCGUCCUUGUAUAUUUACCGAAAAAAUCGAUCGAUUUAUUUUCUUGCUCUAGUAUUAGUUUCCUUCCGAGCGAAAGUUUGAUUUCCUUGCUACUUGUACCUUGAUAUUCCCCAGCGAAAUUUUGGAUCAUGUUGCACUGUUCUUGCUGCUCUCCCUCUAGCUUAAGAGAUUCAUAUGUUAAUUCGUUAGCUCGCUCUCGGUUCGUAUUAACAGUCCUUCAGUUUUCUCUUUCGUUGUUGUCCGUAAAAUGUUAGUCCUUGUGAAGUUACUCUAGCUAUGGCGUCGUCUUUGUGUUAGGUCUUUUUUUCCCCCGCAUUGUUGAAUGUUUUUAGCCUAUCAGUGCGAUUACCAGAAAGUCGGCUUUCGUGAAGAGAAUCAAUCUACCGUCCCAAAGUCCAGAAAUGGUCAAUUGGUCAUAUCCAUAAAUUUAUUGCAACCAU